GAACUGAAACUAAAGUAGAGAGACGUACAGUAUAUUGUUUACGGGACCAAACUCUCCAGCACUUCAGAAACCUACUAAAUAGCUACACAUUCAGACUACACACUGACUCUCCUACCCUUUGACACCACAAACAGGAAGGACAGAGAUAUCAUCCACAAAAACAUCCAGAUAUGGCCACCUCCAGCAGUCUCCUGUCUGAAGAGCAGUUCCUGUGUUCUAUCUGUCUGGAUGUGUUCACUGAGCCAGUCUCUAUUCCAUGUGGACACAAUUUCUGCAAGGCCUGUAUCACAAAGUACUGGGAUACCAGUGACCUGUGCCAGUGUCCCAUGUGUAAAAAUACAUUUGAUAAGAGACCAGAUCUGUUCGUCAAUACUUUCAUUUCUGAGAUGGCUGCUCAGUUCAGACAGACAGUUGAAGUGAAAGCUACCAGCAGCCCGGACCAAUGCUCUGCCAUGAUAGUAGAAGUGUCCUGUGACAUCUGCACUGGGAUGAAGCUCAAGGCCCUGAAGUCCUGUCUGGUGUGUCAGACCUCUUACUGUGAGACUCACCUGGAGCCUCAUCAGAGAGUCGCAGCCUUAAAGAGACACAAGCUGAUCAACCCUGUGGAGAACCUGGAAGACAGGACGUGUAAGAAGCAUGAGAGACUCCUGGAGCUGUUCUGUAGGAGUGACCAGACAUGUCUUUGUGUCUUGUGCUUGAAAGCAGACCACAUGACUCAUGACACUGUCCUUCUAGAGGAAGAGUAUGGAGAGAGGAAGGCUCAGUUGGGGAAGACUGAGGCAGAAGUGCAGCAGAUGAUCCAGGAGAGACUGAAGAAGGUUCAGGAGAUCAAACACUCAGUAGAUCUCAGCAAGAGAGAGGCAGAGAGAGAGAUAUCAGACAGUGUACAGGUCUUCACUGCUCUGGUUCACUCCAUUGAGAGAAGUCAGGCUGAGCUCAUUGAGGUGAUUGAGGAGAAGCUGAAAGCAACAGAGAGGCAGGCUGAAGGGUUCAUUAAAGAACUGGAGCAGGAAAUCACUGAGCUACAGAGGAGAAGCACUGAGGUGGAGCAGCUCUCACACACUGAGGACCACCUCCACCUCCUACAGAGCUUCCCAUUCCUCUGCACCCCUCCACCCACCAAGGACUGGUCUGAGAUCAGUGUUCACAGUGAUCUGUGUGUGGGGACUGUGAUGAGAGCUGUGUCUCAACUGGAGGAGACACUGAAUAAACAGAUGGAGAAGCUGCCUGAAGUCAAACUGAAGAGGAUUCAGCAGUAUGCAGUGGAUGUGACUCUGGAUCCUGAUACAGCACAUCCCAAACUCAUCCUUUCUGAAGAUGGGAAACAGGUGAGACAUGGAGGCACACAACUUUAUAAACCUUAUAAUCCAAAGAGGUUUGACAGAGCUUUAAAUGUCCUAGGACAGGAGGGUUUCUCCUCUGGGAGAUUUUACUAUGAGGUGAAUGUUCAGGUGAAAACUACAUGGACUUUAGGAGUGGCCAGAGAGUCCAUCAACAGGAAGGAGAAGAUCACAAAGACACCAUUUCAUGGAUUCUGGGCUGUGGUCCUAAGGGAUGAAUGUAAGUUCUCCGCCUGUACCUCCCCCCGUGUCCCCUUAUACCUGAGAAAAAAGCCCCAGAAGGUGGGGGUGUUUGUGGAUUAUGAGGAGGGUCAGGUCUCCUUUUAUGAUGUGGAGGCCAGGUCUCUUAUCUACUCUUUCACUGGCUGCAGCUUCACUGGGAAACUCUAUCCAUUCCUUGGCCCUGGCAAUGAUAAAAAUGGAAACUUUGUCCCUCUGAUCAUCUCUCCUGUCAAUCACACAGACUGAGUUCUAAACUGAACUAAAUGACCAGUACAUUUAGUAAAUGUAGAAUAAUCAUAGUCUGUUGUCAUACACCAGGGAGAAUAUUUCACUGUAAUGUAAUUACUGGUUGUGGUUGUUUGGGUCCACCAGCCUUGUUAGAUAUAAGAACAUCUCUCCAGGCUCAUAAGGUAUGGGAGUUACAGUACAUUUCGGAGGAUUAUCCUGAGAUAAUAUAAGCAAUAUGUUUGUUUUUUUAAGCUCAUUUAUUGUUUGCACUGUAUAUCUCUAAUAACCUUUAAUAAACUUGAAUCCUGCAUUUGGAAUCAUACAGUAGAAGUAAGAAAUACUUGAGUCAU